AUGUGUGAAGCCUUUGCUGGCGCCUGUGCCGCGGCGCCGGAGAUCUCCCGGCGGGCGCUGGCGCUGCUAGGCGAGCCGGUGGCGGAUCCUUUCUGGCGGGUGGCCCGCGAGGGAGUGCUGGAGCGGCUCUCCGACGUGUCCUGUGUGCAGACUUCAGCAGGGCAGCUGCGGAAGCCAGGGGAGGUGCUGCUGCGGGGCAGCGGCCCGCUGCGCCGCGCCAGCGAGCUGCUACCGGGGGAGCUGGUGAACCUUUCUUGUGGGCGCUCUCUGUGCGAUGCUGGCGAUGCUGGCGAGGAGCGGCUGCUGCGGCGCCUGGGGGCGGAGACGUUCAGCGCCAGGCACUUCGCCCAGUGCCUGGCCUACCAGGGCGGGGCAUGGCCACGAGGCUGGGUUGCGGCCACAUGGGCUGAAGAUGUGCCUAGUGGCCGGCGCAUCGCGGCACUGUACAAUUUGCUGGGCUUCAUCAUGCGGCCCGGGGACGAGAGCAGCGAGGCGCAGACCUCCGAGCUGCUGCUGCAGCUGCCCUCGCUGCCGCUCUUUCCGCUGCUGUCAAAGGGGCAGAGCGAGAGGCCCUGCGCAAAGCUGGAAGAGGGCCCGAUCUUCCUGGGCAUUUGCAGCGCCCUCACGGAGACCUGGCAGCUGGCACUGGGCGAAAGUGGCGCCCUGCGGCUUCUGCCUCCAGCUGUGAGCUCCGGCCUGGAUAGCUUGGGAGCGCAGUUGCUGGCGUCGCUGGGUGUGGAGGCGCCCAGCCGGGCGCAGCUCGCGGAGGCGGCGCUGCAGCGGCUGCUGCGGCUCCAGCCCGGGGCGGAGGCUGCGCCACUGGCAUUCUCCUGCUGGGCGGCCCUGGCGGUGCUGAGGGAUCUAUGGGCCGAGCCCGAGACAGAAAAGGAGAUACGAGGCCUUGCGGCGGUGCGGCAGGCCCUAGUGAGCCUCGGCAGCUGCGGCAGCUUGGAGGAGGCCAAAAAGCUCAUGGCUGGACAGGGGCUGGGCGCGUUGCUGCUGGCCCCGGCCGAGAAGCUGCAGCCGCCGCCCACGCUGCGCUGCCCGUCAGUGCUUGGUCACUUGCGGCAACUGCCAUCCGACCUCGUGGAGCGCAUCGAGGCCUUUCUCGGGCUCAGCGCCGCGAGGCCCUCGCCCAACUUGCAGACCUGGCCGCUGGCUGAGGGCCAGGAUGGGCAGCAGCGGAAGUUGGAGGCGCUGCGCUGGGAGGCCUUCUUUGUGGACUGCCUAGGGGCGCAGCCGCGGCGCCCCGCGGACUGGCGGCAGGAGAGGGCCAGCCCGGAUCUGGUCUUCAGCCUGGGCCAGGAGCUGGGCAGCGAUGGGCCGCGCAGCCUGUGGGUGUCGCUGCUGGAUGAGAAGGCUGUGCCGGACGCGGUUUUCCGCUACGCCGUGGGUCGCCUGGAGCAUUCGGCGGACAGGGCCUGGCUGGCGGAGCUGCCGGCCAGGGCCACGCUGAAGCUCCGAGAGCUCUUCCUGAACGGGCUCUACCUAGACCUGCCCCAGCUGGGUGCUGCCGGCCGCGGCGCUGAGCUGCAGAAGCGGCUGGCGGCGCUGGGCGCUAGGGCACGGCUGGAUGUGGAGGGUCUCAGUGCCGCGCUGCAAGCCCUUCUGCGAGGCCAGUGCCGCUCAGCCUCGCAUUUUGCCCGGCUCUACCUGAACAUCGACACUUUGGAAACCACCGGCGCGGCAGGAGCGGCCCACGGGGAGGAUGUGGAGGCAGCCCUGCGGGAGUGCAUCUUCGAUCCAGCCGUCAAGGAGCCGAUGCGAGCGGAUGACUGCGUUUGGGAGCUGCCAAAGAAUGAGGUAUUGACAAAGUGCUGCCACCUCACAGUUCUCAGCGACAUCUACGCUUCCUUCGGCGAUGUUCAGAUGAAGCGCUACUUCGAGCGCCGCGGUGUGCCUGGUCAGCCCCACACUGCAGAGUGCUACCUGCGAAUGCGGUCCAACCUCAUGAACGCAGCGGAGGAGUUUGGCAAGGCUUGGCGCCGUGCCGAAGGGAACCCCGAGAUGGCGAUGGUGCCGUUGCCUUCGAUGGCGCAGCCUGGGGGCAAGAUCAGUGCUACUGAUUUCCUGGACCAAAUUUGGGAUGCGCUGAUCUUCAUCUACAAAGGCAUGUCCACGCUGGAGGGCCAGGAGCGCCAGGCGUUGAGGCCCUUCUCGCCGGUGGAGGCGAUCUUAGUGCCGCUGCCCGGCGCGGGCUCGAUGCUCGAGGUGGCGCGGUUCCACGACGGCGCUCUCUUCAGAAGGAUUUCAGUGUGCGAGUCGUUCUGGGAGGUGGCGCCGGACCUGGCGGACUCCGUGGCCGCGCUGUGGGCGCUCAGCGGCUUCUUCCCCCCCGAGCUGCGGCCGCUCUUCGUAGAGUGCUUCGGGGUGCGCGAGGUGGUGGAUGCCGCAGCCUUGAGAGAGGGGAUCCAAGCUCGCAUCAACCACGGCAAGCGGGGCGGCCAAUCCCGCGGGUCUGGGGGCUUUGGCUUUGUCGCCGGCGAUGGCAGAGGGCGCAUGGUGAAUGAGUUGGGCCUGCCAGAGGAACUGCUCCGCGCGCUGGGGGGCGAUACUGUCACAGAGGCCGAUGCGCUGGCGGCUGCGGAGGAGGCGUUGGCAUCUUUGCGCCGCAGGGGCAGGGGAGGCCAUAGCGGCAGCUCCGACGACGAGGCACUGGCUGGGGCCACGCGGGGCCGGAAAUCAGCUGCCAAUCGCUGGUCCGCGCCUCCCGCCUGGGGCGCCUGUGCUUUCGUCGCCGCACAGCAGCGCCGCCGGCGCCACAGCACCGCCGCGGCGGCGGCGGCGGUGGAGCAGUCGGCGCCGCCCGAGAUUUUCCGGAAGGACUACCAGGAGCCCAGCUGCUGGAUCCGCGAGGCCCGGCUCACGGUGCGCAUCUUCGAGCAGCGCACCGAGGUGCGAAGCCGCCUGCGCCUGGAGCGCGCGGAGCGGUCGGGCGAGGGCCUGGCGCUGGAUGGGGAGGAGCUGAGGCUAAAGCGGGUGGUCCUGGCAGGCCUGGAGCUAAAAGACGGCGAGGACUACAAUGUCACGGGGGAGAAGUUGGUGAUCUCUACUGUGGCUUUGGAUGCGGCGGAUGCGGUGGAGGAGGACAUUUGGCUUGAGACGGAGGUGGAAAUCAAGCCGGAGGAGAACACACAGCUGUCAGGCCUGUACUACAGCGGCAGCAUGUACUGCAGCCAAAUGGAGGCCCAGGGUUUCCGAAGGUUCACAUACUACUUGGACCGCCCGGACGUCAUGUCCAAAUUCACCUCCGUGCGCAUCGAGGCGGACGAGGAUAGGUGCCCCAUCCUGCUGAGCAACGGCAACCGCAUCGCCACGGGCAAGCUGCCGGAGGGCAGGCACUUCGCUGAAUGGUCGGAUCCCUUUGCGAAGCCCUGCUACCUUUUCGCAUUGGUGGCGGGGGACUUGGCAUCUAUCCAGGACAAGUUUGUAACUGCAUCAGGUCGCGAGGUGCAUUUGGAGGUCUUCGCCGCCAGGGAGGACAAGGACCAGCUCUGGCACGCCAUGCGGUCCUUGCAGCACGCCAUGCGCUGGGACGAGGAGCGCUUCGGCCUGGAGUACGACCUGGACAUAUACAACAUCGUGGCGGUGAGGGACUUCAACAUGGGAGCCAUGGAAAACAAGAGCCUGAACGUGUUCAACACCUCGCUGACGCUAGCACGGGAAGAUACCGCCACGGAUGACGACUACGAGAGUAUUGAAGGGGUCAUCGGGCACGAGUACUUCCACAACUGGACGGGCAAUCGGGUGACGUGCAGGGAUUGGUUCCAACUGACGCUGAAAGAAGGUCUCACGGUGUACAGAGAUCAGGAGUUCUCCUCAGACAUGGGCUCCCGAGCACGCAAGCGCAUUGAAGAUGUGCGCUUCCUGCGCUCAUACCAGUUCCCGGAGGACAGCGGGCCCAUGGCACACCCGAUCCGCCCGGAGAGGUGUGCCGCCAGAUUUCUUGCGGCCACAGUCUACGGGAAGGGAGCGGAGGUCAUCCGCAUGUAUGAGACUCUGCUGGGCCGCGAUGGCUUCAGAAAGGGCAUGGACCUUUACUUCCAGCGCCACGAUGGCACUGCAGUGACCUGCGAUGACUUCCGGGCCGCCAUGCAGGACGCCAAUGGCCGAGACCUCUCGCAGUUCGAGAGGUGGUACUCCCAGGCGGGCACGCCGGUGCUGAAGGCCGCAGACACCUGGGACCCGGAGCAGGGGAUCUACACCUUGACGCUGAAGCAGUCUGUCCCCGCCACUGCAGACGACAGCGGCACGCUGCCCAUGCCAAUCCCAGUCCGGCUUGGACUCCUGGACCGAGCCACGGGGAAAGAGCUCGUGCCAGACACGGUGCUUGAGCUUCUUGAGGAGGAGCACUCCUUUGAGCUCCCGGUGGCCGGCGAGGAGAAGCCGGUGCCGUCGCUGCUGCGGGGCUUCUCUGCGCCCGUGCAGCUGCAGUACGAUUACAGUGACAAGGACCUUGCUUUGCUUGCCGCCUUCGACACGGACUCCUUCAACCGCUGGGAGUCCAUGCAACGUCUGGGCACCAAAGCUGUGCUGGAUGCACUGGCGGUUUCAUGUUGA